AUGGCUACAAUCUUCAUGAAAGAUGCAAAAGCUCUCGACAUCAUUCAAAGCGCAGUCUCUGAUCAGAUUUUCCCUCGAAUCACAAACGCAGACUCAGCAAAAGUGGCGUGGGAUCUGUUAUAUGGUGAAUAUCAUGAUGGGGAGCAGGUAAGGUCUGUGAAACUUCAAAAUCUUAGACGAGAAUUUGAAUACACUAGAAUGCGUGAUGAUGAAUCCUUGUCUGGACAUCUUACUCAUCUAAAUGAUCUGAUUAAUCAAAUGAAGACGUUUGGUGAAACUCUUUCAAAUGAGAGAUUAGUUCAGAAGGUGUUAAUUAGUCUCACUAAGAUGUAUGAUCCUAUAUGUUUAGUGAUAGAAAACACCAAAUGUUGGGAAUCUGUUGAGCUGCAAGAGGUACUAGCUAUAUUGAAGAGUCAAGAACAGAGGUUUGAUUUGCACUCAUCUGAUGCAACUGAGAGAGCAUUUUCUUCUCUUACUGUUAAUCCAAAAGGACAGAAUCGAGGGUAUGCUCAGUCUAGUACAUUUAAGCCACAAAGAAAUUAUAAUCAGAAGGGUAAGAAGUGGGACUCAAAACCUAAGUUUCAGCAAAAGCCAUUUGUUAAUGCUGCACAAAAUGUUACUUCUGCUCAAAUCAUGAGUCAAGAGGAAUGUACUGUUGGAAAAGCUGUUCAGAAAGCAAACUGUGCAAAUCAAAUGGAAGUGACUGGAAACUUAUUAUAUGCAAAUUGUGUUAUUGCUGAAUCAAAAGUUAAUGGGGAAUGGUAUAUUGACAGUGGCUGCAGCAACCAUAUGACAGGGAAUGUUGAUCUCCUUGUUGAUAUGAAGACCGAUGUUGCAGGGAAAGUUCAAAUGCCAACAUGA